AGGAGGAGGGGGGGGGAGCGGCGGCCGCAGCGUCUCGGGGCUCGGCGCCGCCCCCUGCACGGACGCACCUGGCGCUGCUGCCCACUGCACUCUUGCCCCUCGCUCCAGGACAACCUGCUGACCCCGACAGGAUGGACGGCAGACAGCCGCGUUCCCGCUGGGCCUGGUCCCUGCUGGCUGUGGUGUUGGUGGCGGGAGGUGCGGCACCUACCGGGUCCACGGACAACAGCCCCACGUCCAACAGCCUGGAGGGCGGCGCGGACGCCACGGCCUCCUGGUGGGGGGAGUGGACCAAGUGGACGGCCUGCUCCCGCAGCUGUGGGGCCGGAGUGACCUCGCAGGAGCGCCACUGCUUGCAGCAGAGGAGGAAAUCCGUCGUGGACUCUGCCAACAGGACCUGCUCAGGCACCUCCAGGCGGUACCAGCUGUGCAGAGUGCAGGAGUGCCCGCCGGACGGAAGGAGCUUCCGCGAGGAGCAGUGCAACUCCUUCAACUCGCAGGUGUACAACGGGCGGACCUACCAGUGGAAGCCACUGUACCCGGACGACUACGUCCACAUCUCCAGCAAGCCCUGCGACCUCCACUGCACCACCGUGGACGGCCAGCGGCAGCUCAUGGUCCUCGCCCGCGAUGGCACGUCCUGCAAGCUCGCCGACCUGCGAGGGGUUUGCGUGUCUGGAAAAUGUGAGCCCAUCGGCUGUGACGGGGUCCUCUUCUCCACCCAUGUGCUGGACAAGUGCGGCGUCUGCCGGGGAGAUGGGAGCAGCUGCACCCACGUGACUGGCAGCUACCGCAAGGGCAAUGCCCACCUUGGUUACUCUCUGGUGACUCACAUCCCAGCUGGAGCCAGAGACAUCCAGAUCGUGGAGCGGAAGAAGUCGGCGGACGUCCUGGCCCUCGCGGACGAAGCCGGCUUCUACUUCUUCAACGGCAACUACAGAGUGGACAGCCCCAAGGACUUCCACAUUGCUGGCACCGUGGUCAAGUACCGGCGGCCCAUGGACGUCUACGAGACGGGCAUCGAGUACAUCGUGGCGCAGGGGCCCACCACCCAGGGCCUGAACGUCAUGGUGUGGAACCAGAAUGGCAAGAGCCCCUCCAUCACCUUCGAGUACACACUCCUGCAGCCGCAUGCCCACCCCAGCCAGCCGCUCUACUAUGACUUCCCUGAGCCAGCCUCCGAGAGCGCAGAGAGCCAGGAGCUGGACGGGCCCGGGCUGCUGGGCUUCGUCCCGCACAACGGCUCCCUGUACAGCCAGGCCUCCUCAGAGCGUCCGGGUCGGGGCCCUCCACUGCGGGGCCGCCCCGGCUCGCGGGUCAAGCUGGGGCUGGGCCGGGGCAGGGAGACCAACGAGGUGUGUGAGCAGGCCGGCGGCGGGGCCUGCGAGGGACAUCCCAGGGGCAAGGGCUUCCGAGACGGCAACGCCACGGGGACAGCUCUCGCGGGGGACAAGGAUGACCAGGAGGCGGAUGCCCACUUCACCUCCCGGGAGUUCUUCUCAGCCAACGCCAUCUCCGACCAGCUCUUGGGCACGGGCUCAGACUCGAAGGAGCACCCCCUCAAUGAGACGGGGAACAGCAUCUUCGCACAGGGAGCUCCGAGGAGCCCCCCGGCCGAGAGCCUCUAUGUCGACUAUGAGGAGAACGAGGGGGUCGGCCCUUUCCUGCUCAAUGGGUCCUACCUGGAGCUGAGCAGCGACCGAGUCGCCAACACCUCCUCCGAGGCCCCGGCCCCCAACGCCAGCGCCAGCCUCCCCGCCUCGGCCGGAAACAGGACUCACAAGGCCAGGACCAGGCCCAAGGCCCGCAAGCAGGGCGUGAGCCCGGCGGACAUGUACCGGUGGAAGCUGUCGUCCCACGAGCCCUGCAGUGCCACCUGCACCACAGGGGUCAUGUCGGCCUAUGCCAUGUGCGUCCGCUACGACGGCAUCGAGGUGGACGACAGCUUCUGUGACGCCCUGACCCGGCCCGAGCCAGUGCAUGAGUUCUGCGCCGGGAGGGAGUGCCAGCCCAGGUGGGAGGCCAGCAGCUGGAGCGAGUGCUCGCGCACCUGCGGCGAGGGCUACCAGCUCCGCAUCGUGCGCUGCUGGAAGAUGCUGUCGCCGGGCUUCGACAGCUCCGUGUACAGCGACCUGUGCGAGGCGGCCGAGGCCGUGCGGCCCGAGGAGCGCAAGACCUGCCGGAACCCGGCCUGCGGGCCCCAGUGGGAGAUGUCCGAGUGGUCGGAGUGCACAGCCAAGUGUGGGGAGCGGAGUGUGGUGACCAGAGACAUUCGCUGCUCGGAGGACGAGAAGCUGUGUGACCCCAACACCAGGCCUGUGGGGGAGAAGAACUGCACGGGGCCCCCCUGCGACCGCCAGUGGACAGUCUCCGACUGGGGACCGUGCAGCGGGAGCUGCGGACAGGGCCGCAUGAUUCGGCACGUGUACUGCAAGACCAGCGACGGCCGGGUGGUCCCCGAGUCCCAGUGCCAGCUGGAGAGCAAGCCCCUGGCCAUCCACCCCUGCGGGGACAAGAACUGCCCUGCCCACUGGCUGGCCCAGGACUGGGAGAGGUGUAACACCACCUGCGGGCGCGGCGUGAAGACGCGGCUGGUCCUGUGCAUGGAGCUGACCAACGGGAAGCUGCAGACGCGCAGCGGGCCCGAGUGUGGCCUGGCCAAGAAGCCCCCCGAGGAGAGCACGUGCUUUGAGAGGCCCUGCUUCAAGUGGUACACCAGCCCCUGGUCGGAGUGCACCAAGACCUGCGGGAUGGGCACGAGGAUGCGAGAUGUGAAAUGCUACCAGGGCACCGACCUUGUCCGCGGCUGUGACCCACUGGUGAAGCCCGUUGGCAAGCAGCCCUGUGACCUGCAGCCCUGCCCCACGGAGCCCCCCGACGACAGCUGCCAGGACCAGCCCGGCACCAACUGUGCCCUGGCCAUCAAGGUGAACCUCUGCAGCCACUGGUACUACAGCAAGGCGUGCUGCCACUCCUGCAGGCCGUCCCCCUCCUAGGUGCCCGGGACCACCGCGCCACGCCCCCUCCCUGCAGGGCCCGAGUGCUGAGCCUCCCCAGGAGAGGGACUCUUUCCGCAGCCGUGAGCCCCGCUCUCACCCGGGAGAGCCCCCAGAGUGCCGGCCCGGCCCCCCGCCCCGGCCGCGGGAAGUUGUACAGAGACUGAGGAGCGUGUCUGCGGCCCCCGGCCCCCUCCCUGCGCCAGGGGUGCAGCUGAGCGCCCGCCCCACCCAAGAGAUCCCAGGGCCCGAUGCCCGGAGGUGGAGGCGACCCCCCACCCCAGUUCUAUCCCUUCUCUAGGUCCAGGUUGCCUGUGGAUUUCCCUGACAUAUGGUUGGGGACGAGGGACGGGGCAACCAAGGAGACCCUGAGGCGCCCCUCAGAGCCUCCCCGCGUUUAGGGCCACCUUCCUGGAGAGUUUCGCCUCGCCACGCAGCGUCCACUCCGGGUCCCUGCCCCCAGCCCUCAUGCACACAGAGGGACCCCUGCCCUGACGCGGCACGGAGAGGCCUCGCCGGCACAACCUGCCCGGGGGGAAGGGGGUCUGCCCCUCACACGUCGC